CAAGAAUUGCUUUUUCGUUUUACGAAAAACCAAUAAUAAAAAAUUAUCAAGUUGGUCUUCUUCUUCCUCGUUGCUGAUGUGUCGCUCUGCUUGAGAGAGUCAGAGAGUCAAGAGAGAAAAGGGGUCGAGAAUGGCGGUCGCAAUAUCUGGGAGUAGUUUGAUAUCGUCGACUCUUCAGCAUUAUAAUAAUCGGAUUUAUAUCCGAGAUUAUCCGAUUCCGUGUCACUCUUCUAAUCCAAUUUGCAAUUCUUUUAAUUUCAAAAGACGUUCGUUCUCUCCUUCUUCCCCCAAAUUUAACGACCAUGUCGUUAACCCUUCCUCUUCUUAUUUAUCCUCCAAGCUUUCUCCAAUUCGAACCCAUUCCUCUUUCGCUGGUAAACGCCUCCAAAUAUAAUCUCUUUUCUUUUCCUCGCUUCCUUCUAAUUUUUGAGCGUGUGGCUGCUCCUGGAUUCAAGACAAUUCAAUGGUUCAUGAUUAUGCUACAACAACUAAUGGGACGUCCAAGCGUUGCUCGGCGUUACCAACAACAAACACAGUGGAUGUCUCUUCGGUGUCAGAUCUUUUUGAAUUCAUAUGCUCGGGUCCUCUCGUAAACAAGAUUGGUAUCACUCCUCAAAGAGUUGGCCAGUCUAUUGACAAAUGGUUACUCUACGGCUCACAACUUUGUAGACUGUUUCAGCUUAAUGAGCUUAAGCUUACAAUUCCUCAGAAAGCUAGGCUAUACCACUACUACAUACCCGUUUUUAUUUGGUGCGAAGAUCAGAUUGCUUUGCAUAAUUCCAAGUUUAAAGAUGGAGAUGAUGUACCUCCUUUAGUGAUUGGAUUUAGCGCUCCUCAAGGAUGUGGCAAGACUACACUUGUGUUUGCACUUGAUUAUCUUUUCAAGACAACAAAAAAGAAGUCAGCGACGAUAUCCGUAGACGAUUUUUACUUGACUGCAGAAGGCCAGGCUGAAUUGAGAAAAAAGAAUCCAGGAAAUGCACUUCUAGAGUAUCGUGGAAAUGCAGGAAGUCAUGAUCUGAAACUUUCUGUUGAAACACUAGAAGCCCUGUCGAAACUGACCAAAGAAGGCUUAAAGAUGAAGGUACCUAGGUACAAUAAGUCUGCCUAUAGUGGGAGAGGUGACAGAGCCGAUUCAUCAACAUGGCCUGAAGUUGAAGGACCUCUAUCGGUUAUUCUCUUUGAGGGAUGGAUGCUUGGUUUUAAGCCUCUUCCAGCUGACGUUGUUAAAGCAGUUGACCCACAGCUGGAGGUUGUGAAUAAGAACCUUGAAGCGUAUUACGACGCAUGGGACAAGUACAUCGAUGCUUGGGUCGUCAUCAAAAUCCAGGACCCAAGUUAUGUAUACCGGUGGCGUCUUCAGGUUUGUUUAUCACAUAACAAAACUAAACAGUUUUUAAUGCGUUUCUUCUAUACAAACACGGUUUUGUUUUUGGUAUGAACAGGCGGAAAUCGCCAUGAGGCAGGAUGGCCAAGCUGGGAUGUCGGAUGAGGAGGUGAAUGACUUUGUGUCGCGGUAUUUGCCGGCGUAUAAGGCCUAUCUUCCAACUCUUUACGCGGAAGGGCCAAGCGGCUCAGACCCAGACCGUGUCCUUGCGAUAGAUAUCGAUGAAGAAAGGAACCCGAUACUCGCAAACUAAUGCGAUGCUGUCUCCAUUGCCUUUAUAGUAUAUCAUCAUUGUAUGUAAAAGAGAGUAACAUUACGUUCUUCUUCCUUCUAUUUGACAUUCUUUUUCCUACACUAUACUUUCACAUAAAUACAUAUUCUUUUCUUGAAUAUUAUUUUAUUAUUUUAAUUGUGGUCAGUUGUAUUUGUGUGAGAUUUAAUGAAACAAGAAAAUUUUGAGGAUCGGAUCAUCAACAUCAUCGACUCAGGCAAUUAAACACAUUACAGAAAAAAAAAAAAGGAAAUCUUUAUGUGACCGUUCAUGUGGAAAAAAAAAACAAGCUUAUAAAUAGUUACUCUCUCUCUCGCUUCUUCUAAUUGCUUUCCUUAUGAGAGAAAUAAAACCUCUCUAAUGAUCCAAGUCGUGAAGAAGACGAAACUUUUGACCAAUGACAAAAAAACAAGCUUCUCAGAUCUCUGAAACGAGAACAAAAUCGCGCUUUGAUCAUCGGCAAUCACACUACACUGAAGAUGAACUGUGAUGAUAUUGAUAGGAGACGACAAGUCGAACGCAGUGUCGACAAUGAAUGAAGAAGACGACCAAUUUCAGACGAGUUUCCAACAAAGACGCAAGCAACAAUGGGCUUCCAAUGGGCUUUUGAUGAAAGGAAGAAGAAAGAAGCUUCUCAAAUUUUCCAAGUGGGCUCACGGUGGGCUUCCAAUGGGCUUUCUUUGCUACCAAAUCCAACAAGGUAUUACUUUCUUCAUUCUUUUCUUUUGCUUCUUUUUUUUUUUUGCUAAGAAUUGUUUUCUUUUCUUUAUAACUUAUUUUAAGUAAAACCAAA